AUGCUGAUCGCCUCCAUCAUUGGAACUGCCACGUACCUGAACAUCGAUUUUGAUGACCACAAUAAGUAUGGAGGUUUCCUUGUGUUCACCUUGUGCCUCUCUCUGUGGCUCCUCAGUUCUGGAGCCUUCCGCAGACGCCUGGUGAUUGAUCAUAUGAAAAAGGAGUACCGUUUCUACAUACACGAACACUUGCGCCACUGUGGCCCUCUGCAUCAAAUCUAUAUCCGGCUAAUUUCACAGAAAAGCGGACAAGGGCGACGUAUGUUCAAGCUGAUGCUGAAUGGUUACAAGAUUGAAGAAAGGGAGCUCAGUGGCUUCUCAGAGAAAUAUGAAUUAUUAGAGUGCCAAGGACGCAGGAUAGCCAACAAGCUGAACCUUAACUACUUUGACUACGCAGACAUCUCGAAACGCCACAUAGUUGUUCACCGGCCUAAAGUCAAACUUUCUGAAACAUUACCAAAGGUCUAA